AUGGCUUCCGCCGCGAGAGCGCUCAACCUGGUUUACCGCCUCGGCGUCCCGCUCUCGGCAGGCUACUUUCUGCUGAGCCAGUCCAUCUUCGACGUCAAAGGCGGCACCAGGGCCGUCAUCUUCGACCGCUUGUCCGGUGUCAAGGAGGAUGUCAUCAACGAGGGCACGCACUUCCUCAUUCCCUGGCUGCAGCGGAGCGUCAUCUUUGACGUGCGCACCAAGCCGAGGAACAUUGCCACGACGACGGGCAGCAAGGACUUGCAGAUGGUCAGCUUGACGCUGAGGGUGCUGCACCGGCCCAGCGUGAAGGCACUGCCCAAGAUUUACCAAAACCUCGGCGUCGACUACGAUGAGCGUGUCCUCCCCUCCAUCGGCAACGAAGUCCUCAAGGCCAUCGUCGCCCAGUUCGACGCCGCUGAGCUCAUCACCCAGCGAGAGGCCGUCUCCCAGCGCAUCCGCAACGACCUCACCCGCCGCGCCGCAGAGUUCAACAUUGCCCUCGAGGACGUGUCCAUUACCCACAUGACCUUUGGCCGCGAGUUCACAAAGGCCGUCGAGCAGAAGCAGAUUGCGCAGCAGGACGCCGAGCGGGCGCGCUUCAUCGUCGAGCGCGCCGAGCAGGAGCGCCAGGCCAACGUCAUCCGCGCAGAGGGCGAGGCCGAGAGCGCAGAGACCAUCAGCAAGGCCAUUUCCAAGGCCGGAGACGGCCUCAUUCUGAUUCGCAAGAUCGAGGCCGCGAGGGAGAUUGCGCAGGCCUUGUCGUCGAACCCCAACGUGGCCUACCUCCCCAGCGGCGGAAAGCAGGGCGGUGGCAGCCAGUUCCUGUUGUCUGUGGGCAGGGCUUGA